AUGAUGGCUGACCGAGCCUUUGACUGCCAUACUCAAGCUCGGCCAAACGGCCGUGGAGAUUUGCGUCAAGGUGGAGUUGAAUGGUCGCAGCAGCUGUGCGAUCUUCUUGGUGCACGAGCAGAGGCACUGCUUCAUUUGGGUCAGUACAAGCGAGCCUUGAUAGACGCAUGCGCGGCGGUCCACUUCGUCCCAGCCUUCGAGUUUAGCAAGGCCCGGACGCGUGGCAUCACAGCGUGCCUCAAUUUAGAGGUGUCUGAAGCACAAGCAAAGUUGCUCAUGGAGGAAAUGUGCAAGCGCAGUGACCGGGAGUUUCCAGGCAUUCAGGCGCUUGAGCCUGUCGUAGACGCCGCUCUGGAGCACGCGCAAAAUGGGAGGUUGCAACCAGUUUCUUUGGUGGAAGAGGACGCCGACGGCGAUGACCGCCUUUUCUAUCGUGUGGUCGAUCCAGAGGAUUGUAAGCUGUACUCCUCAACCACCUUCGGCAGCAAGGUGAUUGGACAGCGAGAGUACGGCGAUGUGGUCAGGGGGCAGUCAUUACACAAGACAGGGCAGAGCUGCCAAGAGGAGUUCGAUGCCUCCGGUCACAGAAGGGCUUACAUUCCCCUCUUCACAGAUGACGCAGAGGAGAAAGAGGAGGUGUUGGAGAAGUUGCCAGCAAGAGAGUAUCCAAGACCUGGUCGGUGGGAGAUGCUUGGCUUCAGGCUGAAGCCAAUGGGCUUGAAGCCACCGCGCGAUGCUGACGUGCCUCUGGACUACAGCAGGUGGCUGGAUGCAGACCCGCCCGAAAACAUGAAAGUGUGGCCGUACAUCUACAAGCAUGGCCUUGCCGUUGCCUGCAUGCUACGGGGUGUCUCAGAGGAAGUGGUGGACAGCUUUGUUCGGUAUCACUGGGUCACAGGUUGGAAUCACGUGUUCCUUUUCUAUGACGACCCCAACGACCCAAGCAUCCGUCAUGCAAAGUCGCUGGAAGACUAUGCCCGCAGCAAAGGCAUGGCUGGCGCAGGCACGUCAGUGUUUCAAGGUCCUGAGCACCGGAAAAAUGCAAUCAUAUCGAUUGCACGAAUUUAG